AAAGGGACAGAGAUAACCUUGCCCCGCUUCCUAAUCGUGAAGUUGGAGUGCAGGCAGCUGGAGCUACAGUGUGCUGGUCACCAUGGAGAAGCUCCUCAAGUGCAACAAACUGGUCCUGGCUCUCUCCCUCAUCCUGCUUCUGGAAUCUUCGGUUCAAGGUUAUCCUAUGCGGAGAGCCAGGUACCAGUGGGUACGCUGCAAUCCAGACAGUAAUUCUGCCAACUGCAUUGAUGAACAGGGACCAGUGUUCGACCUACUUCCAGGCGAAUCCAACAGGAUUCUACAUCCGAGGACUGACCCUUUUUCAAUGACAAAGUUCCAGAACUUGCAAGAUGUCUUCCCUCUUUCUGAGGACUUAUCUGGAUCAGGCUCGGGCUCUGGAUCCGGCUCGGGCUCAGGCUCGGAAAGUGUCUUCCCUACUGAAAUGGACCAAGAAGACCAACCAGCAGAUAAAAAUGAUGCUAUCUAUCACCACUUUAGGUCUCGUGGGAGGAAUCUGCCCUCAGACAAGCAGAACUUGGGUCAAGAUGGAACAGAAGAGGAUCUUACUAUGUAAAAGAGAGGGUUUCCCCACCUUGACACCAGGCAAUGUGUUCAAUACCUUUUGUAUACCAUAGUUAAAUGAUUAAUCUUGAGAACAAAAAGUUUUAUAAAAAUUUUUAAACAUCUGAAAAAGAAGCUUAAAUUUGUAUCACUUUUCUUUUUCUCAUAAAGUUUUCAAAAGACAUAAGCUUAUGCUUUAAUGCUGUUGUCUAUCCUCUUAUUCUGGAAAAUACUUGCAUUUCCUAUUAUAUUCAACCAACCUUACUAUGAAGUUAACAAGGCUCCCAUGUCUAUAAAACUGCUUUAAAGAAUAAAUUAUACUUUAAAAAAAAUCAGUUUGAGAAGCAAAUUGGCAGGCCAUGCCUAUUUGUUGUCAGGAAGCCAACUCUGUGAAGGACAGUUAUGCCUCUUUUCUUAUGAAAAACAAAUCAAGAUGCAACACAGUGAAUUUACAGAGUGGGUAUUUGUAUUUUACAAUGUGAAGUGUAUUACCAUGAUAUUACCAUUGGAUGUGUUGGCAGAGCAGUAGACAUUGUUUAUUAGAGGUAGGACUGCUGUUACUGUUGGAAACUUAAGACCCAAGUUGAGGCACAGUUGUGCUCUCAGUACCUCAUACUGCUUUACUUUUUUUUUUUUUCUGGAUAUCUGUGUAUUUUCAAAUGUUA